GGCCCCAUUCACUGGAGAGUGGACGAUUGUAUUCAUGGCCAUAUUGCAAACCAUCAAAAUAUGCAGAAAACAGCAGAAAGCCUUGCACGCCUCCGUUGUCUCUCCAACUUGAUGGGCAGCUUUCUCCAACCUCGGGGAUUGGGGAGGCACUCAUGAUACUGGAAUUCAGGCUGGGUCGUCAAUGGCAGACAUGAGUCUCUGGCAGGGUCUCUAGCCAAAAAGACCAUGGAACCAGUUGACCAUACUUUCAAACUUGCCAAGUUUCUCGCACAAUUGAAAUAUGAGCAUCUACCCGAAGAUGUCAUUGCACAAGCAAAACGCUCCAUCUUGAACAGCCUGGGAUGCGGUCUUGGCUCAUCCCGUGCUCCUCCUGUUGAAAAGGUCAUCGAAACAGUCCUGACCUCGGAUUCCUCGAGUGGACAAUGUACCAUCCUUGGCCGUAGCGAACGGGCAUGUCAAGAUACCGCCGCUCUGGUCAACGGCGUUGCGCUCACCGCGGCAGACUACGACGACACCCACCUGCGCACCGUGAUCCAUCCUUCAGGGACACCGCUUGCUGCAUUGCUGUCUUGGGCUCAGGUGCACCACCUCUCGGGUAGAGACUUUAUCCUGGCCUUUGUCGCUGGCGUCGAAGCCCAAUGCGCAGUAGGCAAUGCCUUGGGACCAAGUCAUUACAAAGACGGUUGGCACAUCACAGGCACGACCGGCCACUUCGGCGCCGCUGCCGCCAUCGCAAAAGCAUUAAAUCUCGACUCUGCCCAAUAUGCUGCAGCAUUGGGCCACGCAGCAAGUAUGGCGGGAGGGAUCCGGGCAAUGUUCGGUACCGACACAAAGACGCUGCAUAUGGGUCGAGGCGCACAGAACGGGAUACUCGCUGCCAAAUUGGCCGCACACGGGUUUGGUAGCUGUGACAGGCCCAUCGAGUCUUGGCUCAGACUUGUAUCGACUACGGUUGUGGAAGGGGAAUUGUCGGCUCUCGCAGACGAAGGCGAUUGGCAGAUUCUUCAAAACACAUUCAAGCCGUAUCCAUGCGGGAUCGUGAUUCAUCCGCUCAUCGACGGCUGUCUCGAAGCUUACGAGCACUUUCAUAGUAUGGAGCAAGGUGAAGAGUCUUUCUGCGAAAGAAUUGUCUCGAUCGACGUGGUCGUGAACCCUCAGUGCGUCCGCUUAUGCUCGGUCCGACAUCCCAAGAACGGCCUCGAGACGAUCUUCUCCUUGUACCAUGGCUGCGCGGUAGCACUGGUUUGUGGGCGAGCGGGACCUGCAGAGUUCUCAGAUUAUAUUGCUUCUGAGAAUGUGCAGGUAGCCUCAGCGCGGGAUAGGGUCAAUGUUCGGACAGAUGGUGAAGUGCGCGAUGAUGAAGCGUACUUGACGAUCAAGUAUGAGCGCCCGGGCGAGACCGGCGUUUUGGAGAGCUCAUUCCAUAUUGAGCAUGCAACCGGCUCGCUAGCACGGCCAAUGACUGUUGAACAGCUCCAGCGGAAGUUCUUGGAUCAAGCCAGUCCGGUGUUAGGCGGAGACAACGCUGAAAGGACGAUCAAGGCUUGUUGGAAGCUUGAGGACAUGGACGAUAUAGCAGACCUAGCGAACGCGCUGGGACCGUGAUCCUGAGCAAGUAGCUUUAAAGGGACAGCGAAGGGGAAAAUGACAGUGCUGCUGAGC